AUGUCAGCCGUCGUCAUUGCCCAGCAACAGCAACAGCAACAGCCUCAACAGCCACCCGGCACGUCCUCUGGAGGCUACCGGUCCUUGCUGAGCAAGCCAGCCCGUCUGUGGCAAAGAUCCAACAAGACCGCGCCUCUGGUUGAUGAAAAGUCUCCUUCGGUACAGCCCAUUGAUGUGCCCAAGAACAGCAGUAACAGCAACAAGCGAAACGAGAACAAAUUGACGAUUGUUCUGAGGGAGACGGCCAAGGGCGAUAUCUUCAAAUUGUCGACGAUCAAUGACAGCGGAUUUUUUCUCCCACCGAGUCCUUGUGAAGACAGCAAGCGUGAUCACUGGCUCGAUAUUGAUCAGGAUGAGCUAGCCUUUCGAUUGCCAAGCCCGGAUCGCCUGACUACCCAUUCGGGUGACAAGGAACAACGCAGUUUUUUUACACCCUCUGCUACCUUUUAG